AUGGUAUUAAGUGUAGAAGUUCCUGAAUUAAAAAAUGUACCAAAAAUUUUUUUUGGAAAUAACAAAGAUUAAAGAAAUUUGUCAAAUCCAAGCCAUGUCUAAUAUGAAGCAGUAUAUUAAAUUUAAUCAAUUAUUUGGCAAAAUCUAAAAUUGAUUAAUUGUAAUGUUAAUAUCUGGAAUGUUCAUCAUAAACAUAAGAAGGUUUAAAAGAGGUCUUUGACUAAGCGAUAAAAAAAGUCCUUUAAGUUAAAGGUUAAAAAUCAGAAAAUACUUCAAGUAAAAAUCAAAAAGGAUCAAAUCAGGAAAAAGAAAAAUGCUUAAUUUUUUGAUUAAAUAUACGCAAUAAAUGAUAAAAAUAUCACAGUUUCAUAUAUUCAUAUUUAAUUAUCAAACACUUCCAUUAUGAAUUAUAAAUUUAAAAGACUACAUAAUUAUUUUAUUUAGAAAGAAAGAAAUAGAUUUAUCUAUUUAUGGCUAUAAAAAGUAUAAUUAAAUUCAUAUAAUUGGGAGAAAUAAAUAAAUGAAAAAAUUGAAAAUAAAUUAUUGAAACUUGAAGUUUAUAGAUAAAUAGAGAUUAUUAUUAAUAAGUUGAAUGUUGCAGAAGAAUUUAUGUCGGAUGGAUUAUAAGGUUUUAUAACUUCAGGUAUUUGA